GGUCAUAUAUAUCACGCCUGUGGGCCUGGAAGCUUGCGAGUGAUCUCGGCCGAAAACGCGUCGGUUCACUUAUCAUCUUCACGGCAGGGGCGAAAUUGUCAAGGUCUAGUGACCGUGUCAACUGACUUACACGUGAGACAUGCAAAACCUCCUGGAUCUUGGUGAUCUACACAGUCUAUGCUCAUUCUUCAUGGUCUCCAAUCCGUGAUAGUAGCGCCUUGGUCGUGAUCUCUGCCUUUUUGUCUAUUUCGCUCCAUUUUCGCCCUCUUACAUUAGACUUUCGCUCCCGAGGUCAAUUCCACCUUUUAAGACCUGAAACAUGAUGAAAAACAUGCACAAUCUAGCGUAAAUUGAACCUCGGGAUAUGUAAACGCUUCAAACAUCACAAGAAUAUGGGGGUGAAAACAUGUAUAAUUAUGCCUGAAUCAAACUCCCCAACAUUUGGACGUUUGUUUAUCCCCAAGCAAACCAAUCUCAAACAAUGUAAUAUUUCAACCUAAACACAAUAACUCGGGAAUAUGUCAAAGGGCACAAAGGGGAUGGAUCUCAAUGUCUAUUUGGCACCGACAUAUGGACAACAACAAGCAUCCUGGCAACCACCACAAAUGACAUUCGAAUGCAUUAAGAACGUGCAACAAAAAAGUUCUCACCCUGUUCACAAACCAACACAUAACCUGUAAUGAUGACUCACCAACCAAAGUUAUCCAUGCAUAAAGAUCACGUCAUAGAAAUAAACGAAUGAGCAUACUAAGCCCUCACUGGGGUAUGAUAUGAAUAAGAUAACAUGAAUGAAUCACUCACUCUCAACUAGUGGGGUCAUGACCAUUUGAUGCAAAAGAUUUGCAUACUCAACACUCAGCCCUAUCGUCUUUUCACCAUGACGGAAACCUCUAAAUGCUAGAGCUCACUAUUUGGGUGUCAUCACUAGAUUGUCCGGAGGUCUUAGAUAUGAGUUCAAAUGACUGGCUAGGGUCUCAGACAUGGGAAAAAGAAUUUUUGGGUGGUUGCACAUAAAGGACGAGGUUCCAUAAUUCACGUAGAACCUAUCAAAGCAACACAAAACCACUCACAACAACCAAUUGUCAUACAUUUCGCCAUUCCCAAAACACAACCAAUCACGAACAACAUCCAAAGCACAUUUUCUUUGCUACACUUGCUAUCCAAUUUUUCAGGCACAACAGUGAAGGAGGUAAACAACACGUAACUGUCUCAGUAGCUUUGACUGCCAAGGAACACCUUUAUAGAGCAUAAACAAUAUUUUGUGGCAACUCCCUUUUUCUUAUUUGCCCCUUUUAUUGCUUUCUUUUUUGCUUCUUUUUCUUCCUUUCCUUUUGUUUCUCUUUUUUUUUCUCUUGGGGGCAUUAGAGAGCUAAACACGCAUACCACAUUCUUUGAACUUUAAACACAUGCUCACUUCUUAAGCACUACCUCCAACACUCACUUUCACCUUUUAGCAGGAAACUAGUCAAGACACACAAAGUGGAACCUCAAUGAAGCUCAAAUGAUGGGAGCUUCGAAGAAAGUAAGGGUCGCUCUUCCUAAUCUCAAUCAAGCUCAUAUAGUACGAGCUACACAACAUGAGAGCGACCCUAAGACAUACGAAUCAAAAGGGUUGACUAGGGGAUAAUGCAAUAGGGACAAGUCAAGUUUUGGGUCGUGGACUAAUCCUAUGCCUCCAUCUUCCUCGUUAGUGACAACGUGAAUGUUACACAUCAUGGUAAGAGGGAUCUAACACACAAGAACAAGACGAGCGGCACAAAUCUCACAUGGCUACCUAGAUGUUCAAACAUUCAUUCCAAAUUUUGACGCAUAGCAGUUGUGGUCAAUGAGUAAUCAAUCCAAACACAUCCAUUGGUUCUCACUUGGGUAUGAAGAACCUUAGUCCGGUAUGGAUGUAUUGAUGAUUGUUUGAGAUUGUAGAUUGUUGAACUCAAAGUUUAUAUCCAGUUGAUGCAUUAUUCAUGAAUUGUCUGAAUCCUAGAAACAUUCUUAUGAUUUUGUUAUAACUCAGGCCUAAGAAUAUCCGAAUAGGUUAAUUGAGCAUUGUCAAUUCAAAAUAGAGAAUCGAUUGCACAAGAGUGAAUUGAUUCACUACUUUGUACUGGAUUUCGGUCCAGUAGAGGCAGGGGCGUAGCCAGGAAUUUUACUAAGGUGGGUCAAAUAGUUACAUAAGUCGUUGUGAACGGCGAAUGGCAAGUGGCGGUGACAACCUAUUUUAGAGGUUAGAAAAUGCCAUCACGGAAUAAGCGACGUUUGUCCAGAAGUCUAUAUGGGUUUGGAGUUGUUGGUACGUCGAGCGCAACACGGUUAUCUUUGUACUUGUGCAUUUUGAUCUACCAUCGGUUUACCUUGAAACCCUAUAAGGCUACAGAAGUCAGAAGAUGGGAAAUAGAUAAGGAAAUGUGAUUUGAUCAAAAUGAAUAAAUCACCAAACUAGUUCUGUUGUUUCUUAUGCGGCAGAAGCAAAUUGACUCUUGGGCUAGCAACAUGUUGACCAAUUUAAGCCCAAUUCUUAAAUGCUAGUCCAUAAUUAAAUGUAGCCCAAUCCUCUUGAACUAAAAGGCCUGCACACAAACUAAAGUAACUAAAUGUUAUAAGUCCAAGCAAAUUACAAAACUAUGUCGUAUCACUAACAAAACGAAAUCCCCUAGUAGAUGGUCUCCUCGAUCAAAUAGUCUCCCCUGCAGGUUGGAUUAUGAAGAACACAAAGAACAGAGACAAAUAAACCCAGUAAUAAAAUAACAAAUAAAGCAGUUUUUCCAGUGUAUUGCAGGGCCAAGGUGGUGCAGCCUACCCACCUUAGUCUGUUGUGGCUCCGCCCCUGAGUAGAGGGAAUCUAAUUUGUAUUGCCUUAGUAUUUUGUCUCAGUUGAGGAUAGUGUCUCACUGAGCAGUCUAUUCAAGAGGGCUUGGUCUACUUAAUCAAGAUUCAAGGCUAAUCUAGGAUUAUGCGCAAUAUAAAUAUUGAGUGAGACAAAUUAGGGAAUCAACGAUAAUUAAUCUGGCUAGAGACUUGGGGCAAUAAAUAUCCGAAUGACAUUUUUUAUAGCUGAAACUCAAAUAAACUUUUUAUUUAUUUCUUAGUUCUUAAUUGUGUCAUUCAAAUCUAUUUUUUAUAUACCAUAAUAAAACUAAGUAGUAGUACAUCUAGAAAUCCUAGAUUGAUAAUUAAAACUUACUACCAAUUUAUUGGGUUCGUGUCAUUGGUUUCACUUGGUCUUUGAUGGGGAUUAUAGGUUUAGUGAGACAAGUUUUAAAAUUUUGAAAUAUAUCAUAAUGGAUAUCAUUGUAUAGAUUAUGAUCAAUGUAAUACAUUUUUUACAAAUUAAUUAAGAAUCCAAAUUUAAUUCCAUAAAAUAUAGCCAAUACAAAUUAUUAGAAAAAAAUUGUUUGAAUUUUCAUUUACGUGAAUAACUUAAUAGCAUAAUUUUACGUGGAUAAGCAGCAACUAGCGUGGUUGAACACAAAAAUGGAUAAAUUAUGUGUCUUUUUACUCUUUAGGUGUUUUGUCUCCUCUAGUGAAUAUCAACUUAUCAAGGCCACAAAAAUGUGUCCAAAAUAAUUUUGCACUUUAUGCCGUUGAGCACGGCUCCGGGCCAGGCUUCAUUCACAUGGGCCCAACUUUCACAUUAAUGAUAAUGGGCUGGACAUUAGAAGCUGCGAAGGAGUCAGGUAUUUCAAAAUUUCCUGCCCGUUUCCAAAAUACUUGUUUGAGGCUGUGGGCGGGCCAGACAGGCGAAUCGAAACCCGGAAAUUCGACGGCAAAAAGCUCGAAGCCAGCACCCACCGUUUCUCGCGGUUGCGGCGAUGGCGGCAGCAUUGGCGGCGGUGAGGCCAUCUUCACUACUUUUUCGGCAAUCCACCACGACCAGGCGGCGGGUGUUCUCUCCUCUGGCUUCUCUGUCCUCGUCUCCUCCACCGCCAAACACGAGAACCCUAGUCCUUUAUUCAAAGCCUGGUUGCUGUUUGUGCGAUGGCCUCAAAGAGAAGCUCCAAGCUGCUUUCUCCCUCUCCAACCCUCCAACCCUUCACGACAUCGACCUCCAGGUGAGGGAUAUCACCACCAAUCCUGAUUGGGAGAAAGCUUACCAGUACGAGAUCCCCGUGCUCGCCAAGCUCCAUUCAGAUGGCACUCAAGAAAUUCUGCCGAGAUUAUCUCCUCGACUUGGCGUGGAGCUUGUACAGAAAAAGAUAGCAGCUGCCUUCACUGAAUAAAGGAAACCCCCCACCAAUUUGGCCAAAGGUUGUAUUGCGUGUUUUGGAUGAACAAACUUGGCUGAAAAUUGACAUGGUAUGUAAAAUCUUUUUCAUUUGGAAAGAUGUCUUGUGAGUGCUUUACUGAUGAGAUGAUUGAUUUGCCUCCAGCAUUCCCACGUUGCUGAGGCCCUGUGCUUAUCCUAGGGAAGAUCUAAAUUGGGAAUUGUCUUGGAAGUUCCGUGGGAAAAAUAAACUUGUUGAUGUUGCACAGACAACCUUUUGCUUAACUUAGUGGUAUACCUGGAUCCUCAUAUGGUGAAUAUCAAUGUCGAAUCCUAGCAUCUUUAGGGUAUCCAACAAGUUUUAAGUUUCUGAUUUGUGCAUGAUGCAGUUUAGUUAUCGGUGUGCCUGUCACAACAGAGUAAAUGAUUUCUCUAGUUAAGGAUGGUAGCUUUAAGGUCUAUCUUGAUCACAAUGAGAUAGGAUUUGAAAGCUGACCAGAAAAUUGAUAGGGAAGUCGAUGUUGUUGCUACUUUAAAUGUGGCUUUAAUAAGUGAGUGAAAAAGGCUAUGGUUUUGACUGGAGAAAGUAGUUGAAAGGAACUUGCAGAUUCUUUCAUUCCUUCAUCUUUCUAAACUUUCUUGCUGAUACUAUUAGCAUUGCUCCAUUGUUUUUUCCCCCUAUGUUAUCAAUCAAUAAUGUGGUGCCUUAAAAAUUAAUCUACAGCCCACUGAACUCCAGCAAUAGGAUAGGGGAAAGCUAGGGGCUGCUGUUUCUUGAACCGACCCCUUAACGACGGUGAACAAGGCAAGUUAAAGCUGUAGUGGUUGAUAAUUUAGCAUUUAAUCAAAGGGAAACUAGCACCAGCGGGUGUACUAUUUAAAACAACCCAUCAGCAUAAUGCGUUAGGCUUUAAGCCAAACCUAUUAUCUAUAUCUGUUUUGAGAUUCUCUCUUGAAAAAGUUUGUGGUGUUUGGCAGUAGCAUUUUAGACGUAAAGAAGAAGAAUUUCUAAUUGCAGAUGAAUGGAGAUUCUUUUGUACUGCUUUUAUGCAUGAAAGCAAGGGAUCCUUCAGUGAAUCUCUUAUCUGUGUGUUUCUCUUUUAGAACUUUUUGAAGCUUUUGGUAUUUUGUUUGUGGCUCUUGGUAUUGAAUGAGAAGCCGUGUGUAUAAGUUGUGUAAUCACAUGAGAUGGUCAGCUUGAGCCGCGCAGUAAGCUUGGUGAAGAAUGAAGACGUUGGUUGGCUAACUAGUUUUGAGCUGCCAAAUCGGGGACCCUUUAGUUCAUUUGGUAUUAGCGACGUAGGGCUGAUACAAGUUGAAAAUAGUCUAGGAAACUCAUCUGGUCAGCUGGUCAGACUAUUAAGUAUAGGGGUGGGCAACGGGAAAUGGGCAUUUGGGUAUAUUCGUAUUCGUCCCCUUUUUUAAGAGUUACGAGUACCUAAAUACUCGUAUAUUUUUUUACAGGAUGGGAUUUGGGAUCUAGAAUUGCUACUUUGGGUACCUGCGAGUUACCUGUUAAUAUAUAAAUAUCCGUGUGGAUCUUACGAGUACCCGUUAUACUCAUUAGUCCGAAACCCCAAAACCCAACUGCUACUCCCAACUACCGCUUCUGACUACUUCAUAUCCGGAUUUCUCCAGCAGGCUGUUAGAGGCUUGAGAAGAGGUGAGCAGCCGAUUGUUUUAGUGUUUUACUAUUGAAGAGGUACGCAGCCCGCUGUUAGAGGCUUGAGAAGGGGUGUGCUUGGCUUGUGUGACUAAGCCUGGCUUAUUCUCACAAUAGCCUCUCUAGCUUCUCAUUAUUAGGUGGGUUUGUUUAAUGGUGUGUGAAAACUUUUGUAGUUCUUCCUUCAACCGAAUCGAUAUUUACGGGUAGUAUGGGUACCUAUCUGUCUCGUAUGAGUAAUGUCAUAAUGGGUAUCCGUUAACACGUAUGGAUUUGGAACAUGGGAUGAAAAUUAUUAUUCAAAUGAGACUGGGUACCUGUUUCAAACAGGACGGGUGUCCCGUCCCCACCCCUAAUUAAGGAUUCGUAUCUAUUUGAAACCUUGUUGAUUUAUUGUGAAUUUAUUUGGGAAUAAGAGUGAAAAUCAACGACAAGCAGACGCGAAAAGACCUUAUUUGUGCUUGUGGUCAUCCUCGCUGAAUUGGCCCUCUUAGCAACUCCGUAGUGGCUGCUGGGAUGAGAUUUUUUCGAACAAGACAUUUUGUCCAAAUCUCUCAUUUUGAUGAUGUUUGAAUGGAGGAUUUACACGAAGGAUUUUUGUGACAAUCCCAAGUUCUGUGAUAUUUUGGCUAAAUAACUCUCUUGUUCCAAAAUGGGGAAUUUUCAAGUUGUCUUACUUUUGAAAACUCACGAUUGUGAGAUUUGAAAAUAGUUGAUCCAAACUAUUUUGAGCCUCUCAAUAAUUUUUUAUCUUCUGAAGCUAUCCUAAAUGAACAAGAAUAUGAUAAGCAUAUUAUACUCAACAAUACCAGUAUAAGUAAUAAAGAUAUUCAUAAAAAUAUGGAUAUUUAAUUUUUUAAAAUUCAAACUCUAAACACUAAUUCUAAUAUUUUCCUACCAAAUGAUUACAUAAGUAGAAACCUAAAUUAAGAAAAUGGAAAUCUAAUGAAGUAUUUUUUGUGAAAUGAAAAAUUGUUCAAUGACAAUAAAAACUAGGAAGAUUUCAAGUUUGUGGGGAAUGUCUAUGGUGACUCGUAAGUUACCAUGACUUGAAUAAAAUGAUCAAUCGCUUUGGGUAUUUGGUCGACAGAUGGCACACUUACCCCGCGAUUAUUCCUAAAAGUCCGAUUGGUGAGAAAGAGUGGCAGACAUGUUGAUCUACAAUUGUUGCACAAACAACUACCUGCGAUGUUUGACAUCUUUUCUUCUUCAACCGAACUCCAAAGCCAGAAGAAUGUAAUUACUCAACCAAAAAUUUAAAUGGUUAUUUAUAUAUGCUUAUGUUGAUGUUAACUUGGAUUAAAUGGUAGCAAAAUUCUUGUUUGCUGCUGAAACCUUUCUAAUGUAGGAAUCAUGUUCCAACACUGAUAAAGUAAUAGAACGGCAGACCGUUUUGUUUCUAUGGUCAACCGUUAUAUAUAUAUAUAUAUAUAUAUAUAUAUAUAUAUAUAUGGCGAGUUCUACGGUACCCUGGGUGAAAUCCAGGGUACCGCAUACCUUGAGUAUGAAAAUACUAUCUAGACCUUGAAUUGACCGAUCUUUCGGACAUGAUACUAUACUCUAACACUUAAAGAUCAAAAUCUAGGUGUUAAUAUUAUACUCCAAGAUCAAUUUAAUUAGAAAUAAUAAUCGACGGUUAUGAUUCCUCCAAAUAUAGGCACAAAAAGGAAUGAAUCAUCUUAGGGUUUAUAGAUUAUGAUUUAGAUGAUUAUGACCUAGGGUUCACUCAUUAAGGGUUAGUGUAUAAUAUCAGACACAAAAAUCCUGGUAAUUCGAGGUCUAGAUAGAGUUUCCAUACUCGAGGUAUGCAGUACCCCGGAUUUCACCCGGGGUACCAUAGAAGCCACCAUAUAUAUAUAUAUAUUGUAAUAGUAAAGUCUCAGACUAACAUUGACAAGGUAAUGUACAACCGUUCGACCAUUGUCCGUUUGCAAUAAUAAAAGUUGUGAAUCCAGACGCGAUCGUUUCUCUUAAAAGGUCUAUAAGAUUGUUCAUGUAAUGGUGACUUACAAGUCAGAAUAACAAAGUACUAAUUAUAUAGCCCAAAUACGACAUUCAUAAUAAUAAGGCGAAUUAUAUUUUGCUGCAUGGGAGCAGAGGUAACUGAAUUGGAGAUUGGCUAAUUCAACGAUCAAGAGGUUGUGGGUUCAACCCAUCAACAUCUAGUUUUGCUGGUCGGACUGAUCGACUUGGUUUGAUUUUAACAAGACUUAUAGUAUCCUCCUUACAAGUUACAAAUGACCCAUAGAGAACCACCAAUUAGACGCAUAUCAGGAUUCCAUCAGCAAAACCUUCCAGAGAAUUUUUGCUGCUAAAGGUGCACGCAUUCAAUUUGUUUGCAAAUUAUUAGUGGCUAAAACUGCAUCUCACACCAACACUCAGAGUCUCAGACAGCGAUAACACCAAUAAUACCUUAUUUUCAGGCCUACUCAUUCCACCACUAUCAGUUUCCAUAUACAAAUUCUUAAGAAGAAAGUAAGCAUGAAAAUAUAUCAUAUAAAAAGCAAUGAAUCUAAACGUUCUGUAGCCAAUAAAAAAAAUGAGACCCAAUAAUAAUGCAUAUAAUGCCAUAAAGUAAUUGAUGAUUCAGUAUCCAUUUGUUGAUUAAUCUCUGUUUUUUCAGCCAAUUGGCCUCCUCGUAAUGAAUGGAUAAGGCAGGCAGCCUAACGAGUUGCCAAGGGAAAGCUGGUGGCAAAGGAAGGGUUUUGUUAAUCUUUAUCCAAUAGUGGCAAAACUAGGAUGAAGUAAAGGGAGGCUGUAGUUCUAUUCGAUUUUAAAAUAUAAGUAAAAUUAUGUGUAAAAUUUAUAAUAAAUUAAAAAAAAAUAG